AUGACGCUGGGGGGCGACUCGGCAGCGGCGGCCGUGCCGCCAGGGCUGGACGCCGCCCCAGGAGGCGAGCCGCCGCCGCCCGCCCCAGAGGGCCCCGCCGCCGACGCGAGCCUAGGCAGCUGGUGGCUCGCGGCGGCGUGGGGACUCCUAGCCCUGGCGGGCGGAGGAGGAGCCCUGGCCGCCCAGCUGGGCUCGACGGGACGCGCCCGCCUGACGGGCCCCACCGUCUGCGGGCUGGUGGGCCUCCUCGCCACGGCGCGGGUCGCGCGCCAGGCGUGGUGGCUCUACUGCGACCAGGAGGCGACGAAGGCGCAGAUGGCCUCCCUCACGGCCCAGAUGCAGCAGCUGGCCCUGUCGGGAGCGAUGGGCAUGCCAGGGGGAGGUUUCCCUGGCGGCGGCCCGCCCGACGAGGUCAUGCACGGGUGGGCCGACGUGGGAGCGCCGCCGCCGGGGAUCCCGCAGGUGCCGGGCGCGACGAUGGCGGGGCCAGCCACAGGACCCAUCGGUCCUCCAGCGGGUCAGGCCACCCAUGCGCCUGCGGGCGCCUCGAGCCUGGACGCGCUGGGCGCGUGGGCUGGCAUAGCCGCCCCGGUCGCCACGGGCGCUGGCGCCGCAGCCGCGACGGGCAGCCCGCCACGCGUCCCUCAGCACAGGCCGCCCGAGCUGGACAGCAAGGUCCGGCAGCAGGCCAAGCAGGUGAAGGAGCUCCUGACGGCGCUCGCGAACGCCAGGGGCCAAGACUACAUGUGGGGUCGACGCUUCUGGUCCAACAUCUACGCGAUGGACUCGAGCGGGCAGUUGGUGCCCGAGGUGAAGCGUUUCCUGACGGGGUUCGGCUACGUGGGCGAGCAGACGGUGACGGCCCCCCGCCAUGAGGAGCUCGGGGCCGCGCUGGACCGCCUCGCGUCGGAGGCCGCGCUGACUGCUGGCGCGGGCAUCUGGCAGUCCACCCCCAGCCAGGGCCUGGCCGCCGCGGCGGGAGCGCAGUGGGUGCCUAGAGUGCGUGACGAUCUGCACCCCUCGCUGCAGCAGGUGAUCUCGGCUCAGCCAGGACAAGAGGCGUUCUUUCCCAUCACGCUGGUGGAUCGCCCGACCCAGAUGACGAGCCGAUCUAGUCGACUUCGACAUCGAUUCAAGCGGAAGCUCGCCCUGUGGGCUCUCGCCAACGAGUUCGUGCAAGGGAUCAACUCUAUGGACACGGGCUCGUGCACGGACCUCACUCGCCCCCGCCGUAAGGAGAGCUUGUCGGAGAACAUGCGGGGGCUGCACGGCCAGGUGCAUAGGGUAGCUCUACGAGAAGCUAAACGGCUGGCAGAGGCGCGCCGGGACUGCGGUCUGACAGGCGUCCCCGCGGUGCUGGAGCUAGCUCGUGUGGAGGAGGUGGGCUAUGGUCGGCCUACCCGCCUGUCGACCCAUGAGGCCCUGAGAGCGGAGGACAUUGAUGAGCCGCAAGUAGUGAAGAGUGUGAACAUGCUCGAGGCGCUCGAGCCGGAGGAGGCCAGGUACUACAGCGACGAGGGGCUUGUGGUGGCCCCGACGGAGUUGCGCAGCCGCGUGAUCUUCGAGGAGCUGCAGGCCAAGUUCGGCUUCGUUGGAGGAACUCAGGAGGAGUACGAGAAGUAUUUCAGCCGCCCGGACAUGCCGCCCAACCUGUGGCACUUCGGCGGCCCGCAGGAGGUGAAGGCCAUCGCGGGCUUCAGCACGGUGGGCAAGAAGACCAGUGGGCGGCAGCGUAAGAUCAUCAUGAUGGUGGCGGCAAACUAUAUGUUUCAGGACGUGAGAGGUCGAGCCGAACACGGACUACACGGAGGAGGUGCGUUGGCCAGCCUGCACGUCCCGUCGGACGACUGGGCGGCCGCGGCGUUCGACGAGAGCAACGCCUUCUCUUUCGUCGAGGUUCCGAGCUGGAUGUGGGGCUGGCUGUGCGUGCCGCCCGUGAGGGCGUCCGCCAUCUGGUGGCGUCUGUCGCCCAGCCAGCGAGACUUUUUGAAUCCUGAGAGUUGGGUCUAUCCGACGUGGCGCCGUUUAGUCAUGGGCAGCUCCCGCAGCGUGCACAUCCUGAUGUCCAUCAAUUCGAGGAUAUGCUCCAUGACGCUGAGGCGCAGCUUGGUGGACUCGCAGCAGGAUCACACUCUGGCGUGGCAGGCCGGAUACCAGAUGCAGAAGGAUGACGACUGGGCCGAGCGCCAACGACUUCGACGAGAUGGCCCCCCCCCCCCGAGCGGGUUUUCCGUGGCGAGCUGGUGCGAGGCAGUACGCCACGCACGGCGUCAGGAGACCCGUGUCUUCGUGGUCAUGCACCUGUUCGCGGGGGCCCGGAGGGAGCAGGACGUGCAGCACUACGUCGAGGCGAUGAUGACCGACCUGGAGCUGAAGGUGCUCAUGAUCUCGGUGGACCUGGCCGAGGACUCGCGGUGGGACCUCGGGCGCGUCGACGCCUUCGAGCUGCUCUGGUCCUUGGUGUCCGAGGGCCUGGUGGACGUGAUCCUGGGCGGCCCCCCCUGCUCGACCUGGGGCCGUGCGAGGUUCAGGCCUGGAGGACCGCGACCCUUGCGCCGCCGAGGGAAGUACGCAUGGGGGCUACCCCGCGAGAGACUACGGCCUUCUGAGGUGGAGCGGCUGGACGAGGGCAACCGCCUGAUGGUCAACCACCUGGCGCUGUGCGGCGGGGUGGGGGACCGCGGGGGAGCCUGGGCCCUCGAGCGCCCAGACGAUCCUGGGGAGGGCCCGCAUCCGUCCAUCUUCGACGCCGAGAUCUUGAAGGAUUUGGAGUCCAGGACGGGAGCGCGGCACAUCAUCUUUGACCAAUGCAUGAUGGGAGGGCCCUCGCAGAAGCCCACGAGGGUCACAGGUACGGCACGACUGGCGGCCACCGAAGCACUACGGUGCGACGGCGCCCACACACACGAGCUGAGCUACGGUAAGGUUAACGGGAACUUUCGGACGACCAAGCUGGCCACUUACCCACCUCGACUGUGCAAGUGGAUAGCAGAGGGCAUAGUGGCCACGCUGUCGGAGAUGGCGCAGACCGGCGGCGGGCCAACAGGACACGUACGAGACGGAGUGAAGUGUCAGAGGAUCACGCGCUAUUCGGGGCCCUUGGACCUCGGCGCCUUUCAUUUCUUGAACGAGACGUCCUCGCGAGGCCGCGGGGCAGUGCUGGGCGCGAGGGACACGAGCUUCUACCUCCAUAUCGACGACGGCCUGAUCGCAGCGGACGGCGGGUCCCAGCAGUCAGGCGAGAAGAAGGUCAACAAGCUGGUCCACCAGGUGGCGGACGCGCUGGAGGACGUGGGCUUCGUUGUGAAGGAUCGGAGGGAGCACGGCAUGGUGGAUCGCAUCGUGGGCUACGAGGUGGAGUCCAGCCCCGCACGAGUGCGGGUCCCGAAGCGCAAGGCGGCGCUCAUGUACGAGGCGCUGCUGCUGCUCACGAGCCGGGACUGGGUGCACCUGGACCACCUGGCGUCGGUCAUCGGGGUCUGGAUCUGGGCGGCGCUGCUGGCCAGGCACUGGCUGUCGGCGCCUCAGCACCUGUUCCAGUUCGCGCGCCAGGAGGGCCCGCGCUGGACACGGUGGUGGCCGUCGGCCCGUCGCGAGGCCGUGGCCAUGCGACGGGGCAUCAUGGGGCUCUACACUGACCUGGGGGCCCCGCUGCUGCCGAUGGUCUUCGCCUCGGACGCCGAGGGCGCGCAGGACUUCGACGCGGGCGGCUGCGGCGUCGUCGUGGCUGCGGCGAACUCGAAGAUCGUAGAUAGAGGAGCUGUGGAACGCUGGUACCCGCCCUG